CGUCACUGCGGAUUAUUGCGGAAGUGAAGCAGGCGACGAAACCCAGACAGAAACCCAAAUAAGUUGGUGUGUACGCUUCACUAACACUUACAGAUAGACUAUCAUGUUGCUGGGCGGAGGAUUCAAACCAGAGAGGCUAAGAGUCAACCUCAGACUGGUCAUUAAUCGACUCAAACUCCUUGAGAAGAAGAAAACUGAGCUUGCUCAAAAGGCAAGGAAGGAGAUUGCAGAUUACCUGUCAUCAGGAAAGGAUGAGCGGGCACGGAUCCGUGUGGAGCAUAUUAUCAGAGAAGACUACCUGGUGGAAGCCAUGGAGAUCCUGGAGCUUUACUGUGACCUGCUUCUGGCUCGCUUUGGCCUCAUUCAGUCAAUGAAGGAACUGGACCCAGGCUUACAGGAGGCCGUGUCCACCCUCAUUUGGGCAGCGCCUCGUCUCCAAGCAGAGGUGUCUGAACUACGAAAUGUAUCUGACCAGCUCUGUGCAAAAUAUAGCAAGGAGUAUGGCAAGCUGUGCAGGACAAACCAGAUUGGCACAGUCAACGACAGGCUGAUGCACAAACUGGGCGUGGAGGCCCCUCCAAAGAUUUUAGUGGAGCGCUACCUGAUAGAGAUCGCCAAGAACUAUAAUGUGCCGUACGAACCUGACGCCAUGGUCCGGCCUGAGGUGUGUCCUGGAGAGGAGGCAGACCUGAUUGACGUGGACAUUGACAGGAAACCUGGAGGAGGAGGUGGAGGUGGUGGAGGUUUUACUGCUCCUGCUGCUGCUAUGCCUAUGCCCAUGCCUAUGCCCAUGCCCAUGCCUAUGCCAUCAGCUUUCAACUACCCACCUCCCAAAGGAGCCGAACCGUUUAACCCUCCUGUUGGAACCUACAGCAACUUCCAGCACCCCACGGGAGGAGGGCAGCCCCCUCAGCUGCCCUCUUGCCCCCCCACAUACGAGUCUAUUGAUGACCUCACUGACAAACCUUCUGUUCCUUCCCAGGCCGUAGGUCCAGGUCCUAGCCCUGCUCCUCAGCCAUAUGACAACAACGCUCUCCCAGAACUCCCCUCGGUUCCCGACACACUCCCGACAUCCUCCUUCGGCGGAAACACCACCACCUCGGACGACAUUGACUUUGACGACUUAACACGGCGGUUUCAGGAGCUGAAAAAGAAGACAUAAUUGCUAUAUCACUGGUCUCUUAACACAAACAUACACAUGCAUACACACACACACAGACACACACACACACACACAGGCCUGUGCCGUCACCUACGCAGCUUAGGACAGGAAAUAAAAAAAGGCUCUGAAUCAGUUUUGGAUGGUUCUCCCCUUCACCUUCCAUAGUGAAGUAAUCCGACAGAUAUUAAACAUACAUGUAUCCUUACCUCAUUGUAUAAACAUUAGUUAAUAGAAAUCUGAUUUCUGGUGGCAGUACCAGUGACUACCACGUUUUAAUUGCUUUCUAUAGGACACUUAAUAUAUAUUCUUACAUACAACCGUAGGUGCUGACUCCUGGUUCUUUUCAUUUAAGGUCACACCAACUUUUAAAUUUUCCCAUUUGUCUGUGUGAUGAACUAUAACCAAACUUAGAUUUUAAUCGUUGCUUUCGCGGGGGGAUAUUUACAGUACAUGCCUUGAUUCUACUUUGCACAUGCUGUGUCGCUGUGAUCUUUGCCACUGUGUCACUCAAUCCUGUCGCAGACCAGUCAAACAAGUCGGACCGGCCGCCCCAGUCUGAUCAGGAGCUGGCAUUCACGCCAACAAAGGGUGCAGGUUGUUUCUGAGGUGAGGCUCCGAGAAUACCCCAAAUUGUUUUCGCGUAAAGGUAUCGGGACAAGAUGGAAGCCAUAUUUUCAGUGUCUUGCACAGUCAUGCAGUUUUGUCACUGUGGAGAGGACGCUUUAAAACACUCCGUACACUUUCAAGGUUUAUUCAUAUCAGAAAAAAGGAGAAGCUCAUGGUGACACAUGUCAGACCUGUUACAGGGGUGGUGGGGCACAGAUGUAAAGUGAUAAAACACUGUAUGGAAAUCUGUAAUAUAACACAUGUACGAUGACAUAGAUAAACCUAUUUACACGAAUGAUUGAACUGUACAGCAAAAACAGUUUGGUAGUCAGGAGUUGUUCAUUAUUUGACAGAUCUGUUUUUUUAAUAUGUCUCCAAAUAAAGUUGUUUUUGCCCCUUUGAUUGCAGUCGUACCAAAUACCUGCACCUUUCUUAUUGUUGAAGUACCUGAUUUAGCCACACAAUGGCCUGAUUUGAUUGAUUAUAUGUAAAUAUUGAUCCCAGAGGUGAUAGGUUUGUGUUGUCCCCUUUGAUCGUGUGUGCAUGUGUCUUAUACUGUAUGUGCACCACUGCAUUUGCCUUAGUUACCAUCUCUCAUCAGAGGCCUUGCCAGUCUGUACUAGGAUUAUGCAUUUGUUGUCCAUCAAGACUGGAUACAUGUUACCUGUAGUGUGUCUCAUUUGAUUAGAUUACACUUUGCUUUAUUUGCUUUGCCCAUAAACAAUCUUCUGAAAACCUGCUGAGUUGAAAUUUGCUGAUUUGAGGAAAAAAACGUCAGGCAAUAGAGUUCACGGUUUCAAUUUCCUGUGGAGAAAGGGGAGUGAGACGGAUUUAUUUGUCGUACAAACCACACCCAGCUCUGCUUGCAUGGCAAACAUGGCAAAUAGACGAUGGCCUCGCAUUUAGUGAUUCAGCAAUCUCUGGAAAGCAAAAGAAAAGCUCCCAGCUGGGUGAUAGACACAGUUUAUUGAUGAUGGUAUUGAGGUUUUACAUGUGUUGGAGAACGUAGAGAGAUUAACACUACAGAACUGUGAUCUGCUCACUGUCUUUUCUAUGUUGGACUGUUCUUUCAUGCAAGGAUCGAGACACAAAAUGGUGUCUUGUUGCAAAAAAGAAGAGUUUUUUCCACUGUAUACCAAAAUAACAAUUUAAUAAAAGAUUAUUUGGAACUGGAA